AUGGUUCAAUCCAUCUUCCUCCAUACUCUUGUGGCCCUCAGUGCCCUCACCUCCGUCCACGGCGCGAAUUCUCCGGGCUGCGGCAAGAACCCUACUCUUGCCAAUGGCGUCCACCAGAUAAACGGCCGCGAGUACACCCUCAAAAUCCCCGACGGCUACGAUGCAAACAAACCAUACCACCUCAUUUUCGGGCUCCACUGGCGCGGCGGCAAUAUGAACAACGUCGUCUACGGCGAAAGCAUCCAACCCUGGUAUGGCCUCGAAGCCCGGGCACAGGGCAGUGCAAUUUUUAUAGCCCCUAAUGGCCUGAAUGCCGGCUGGGCCAAUACCAACGGCGAAGACGUAGCAUUCAUCGACGCCAUCAUGGAGCAAGUUGAGGGUGAGCUCUGUGUGGACCAGAGCUCUCGCUUCGCGACGGGUUUCUCCUGGGGUGGUGGAAUGAGCUACUCCCUUGCUUGCUCGCGGGCGAAGGAGUUCAAGGCAGUGAGUGUCUUGAGCGGUGGAGUGAUUAGUGGGUGUGAAGGGGGCAAUGAUCCUAUUGCCUAUCUAGGGAUCCAUGGUAUUAACGAUCCCGUGCUUCCUUUCGAUGGGGGCGUGGAGCUGGCGAAUAAGUUUGUUGGGAAUAACGGCUGCCAGCCAGCGAACAUCGAUAAGCCUUUGCCUGGGAGCCACGGGUCGACACGAACAAACUUUAAUGGCUGCUCUGAGCCAGUUUCGUUUAUUGCUUAUGAUGGUGGACACGAUGGUGCGCCGCUUGGAGUGGAAAGCUCGCUGGCUCCUGAUGCCACCUGGGAGUUCUUUAUGGCGGCUUAA